AUGGAACUUUGUGACGCUGCCACAAAAAUUCAGGCUUCCUUCAGAGGGCACAUGACGCGAAAGCAUGAAGCUGAUAAGAAAACGGAUUCUGCUGUAUUUCAAGAAGAUGGGCCAAUGGUUAUGAACGAAAAAGAACAAGAAGAACUGGCAGACAUCGAUCUCACUGAUCCUGAUUUGAAUAAAGCAGCAGUGAAGAUCCAGGCUUCGUUCAGAGGUCACAUGGUUCGUAAGGAGAACGAGGAAGAAACAACUGAUAAAUAAAUCAUCAGCAACUCUUAUAUUCGACAAAAUAUUGCAAUUUCAAACGAUAAAGGCAAAUUGGAAUGAGGGCUUUUGAAGGUUGUAUAUUGAUUUGAGAAUGUUAAUAAGAUUGUCCGGAAGUAUAUAAUCGAUAUAGAAAUAUUCAAUUAUAGUUGCAUCAACAACGAGUAUACUUUUCCAACACACUACAACUGUUUUCUGGACGUUUUACUAACCACUUUGACAGAAGCAGAAGAUGAUCUGAACGAAUUUCUAAACACUAAUUAGGACAUUUCCGUUUGACAAGGACACGUUUUAUUUUUUUACAAUGAAAGAUAAUAUAUAACUAUAAUAAUUAUCAGUUAAAAUUCAGAGAACACAUUUUGAUUAGUAUUGAAAUUCUGAAGAAAGCAAUUCAUAAAAAUGUUAAGAUAGACUGGAAUGGGCUUGUUCGUACUUCUCAUGCAAUUUACACUUUGCUAUUUCCAGACUUUUGAAAAAAUUUAAGUCUUGUUUUAUGUACCGGCAUUUCUGCACAUACAAUUAAUGCAAAGUAUGACAUGAGGACUAUGAACAGUGACAAAGUUCUAUUCCAAAUUGUUCAUUGUUCACCUUUCUAUAAACUACAUUCUCCGGACGUCUAACUAGAUCAAUUAAACUAUUUUCAAGCGAGAUAAUAACUAUUAUUGAGGAAGUAAAGUUGAACUUGUAAAAAAUGAAUUGAAUGAGUUAGGAAUCACACGUUGAAAGGUAAGAACUCGUUAAUCCUUAGCUCGCACAAGUUUCGACUUCUGAGGGUUGUCGUUCGUAGGGGUGCGACAGCUGGUUAACGGAAAAACAGAUUUUAAACAGAAACAGUACUGGUUUCUGGAAAAGUAUUUUCGUUAGAUUCAUUCUACCCAGGAGAUCCAAUUCUACGUAUUGAUUGACAAAUCGUGGAGUUGCAAUGUUUUGAUCGAUUGAUCGAUCAUAUAAAUAUGUAUAUCCAAGUAAAUACUCAUUAUUCCGCAUUAAAAACAAAACUUGUGAUCCUUUCUUAUACCCUUUAUAUAUUAUAACUAAACCAAUGAACUUUAUGACGUAUCAAUACAUAUAAAAUAACAAAAUAUUUCCAAUAGAUACUCAAAAAAAUCAAGGAUGAAAGAUAUUUUGUAAUUUAUCGAGAAAAAACCUCCACUAAAUAAGCUUAUCUUGGUAAGUACGAUGAAACCGCGC